AUGAUGUUUUGGGGGUCCAAAAAUGGUAUUAGCUCAAAGUACCAGUAUUCCAGCACACCGACAUUUAUGGCAGAGCCUUGGUCUGUAUACACAGCAAAACCAAAAUCGUCGAGUAGCAGCAGCAGCAACACAGUGGAUAAAGUUUCGGUGUUUAUAUUCGAUAAAAAACAGUUUGAAAACUACUUACUUCAUUACGGGAUUAUUAAGUCCAAACACUCCUCUCAAGAUAAGCUGUUUCUCAGCGAAGCUUACUCGGUAUUGAAGAACCAAGUAAAUAACCUAGCGAAAUUUAAGCAUCCAAAUAUCUUGCAACUAGUGGAGCCAUUAGAGGAGCAUUCUAAAAACUUUAUUUUCGUUACAGAAUAUGUAUCAGGCUCAUUGUUCAACCUCUUUCAAGAUCAAGAGCCUUCCUCAUCGUUUGGAGAAGAACUACUACAACCCAAUGAAACGGAUUCGCUGACAAUACAAAGAGGUAUUUUACAGGUAUGCCAAGCGUUGGAUUUUAUUCAUAAUAAAACCUCAUCAGUGCAUCUCGAUAUUCAGCCGAAGUCUAUCUUUGUCAAUGGUAAUGCGGACUGGAAAUUAUCUGGGCUUGGACAUUUGGUCAAACUCCCUCAAGGAACAAAUGUAAGUGACUAUACUAUACCUCAUUACGAUCCCAGAGUACCAUCAUUUUUAUACAUAGAGCUUGAUUUCGCAGCUCCAGAAUUAGUCUUGGAUGAAACAAUAUCACCAAAGAGCGAUUUAUUUUCCUUAGGUUUGUUAAUAUAUUACUUGUACUACGGGAAGUCCUAUUUCUCAUGUGAGAAUUCAUCAGAAUCAUAUAGAGUACAAUUCGCCAAAUUUGAAAAAAAAAUCGCGACUUUAUCAUGGGAUACUGUAUUCCAAAGAGUACCACCAACUCUAAGAUUCUGUUUACCCCGGCUAAUGAACCGGGAUAUUUAUUCAAGAUAUGACAAUAUUGUUGAAUUUUUAGAUAAUGAUUUUUUUAAGGACCCUUUGAUUCAAACAUUGCUCUUCCUUGAUGACUUACCAACAAAAACUAUUGAGGAGAAAUCCAUCUUUCUUAAAGGGCUAGUAGAACUUUUACCGAAAUAUCCUCUCCAGCUUUUACAGAAAAAGUUCUUGCCAAUUUUAAUUAGCAAUCUUGACCAACUUUGCACGAUGAAAGAAAUUCCUGAUGACUGUCUCAGAAUCAAUUUGCAAGUCAUUCUACUGAUUGGCCAAAAUAUUUCACAAUUAACUUUCCAAGAAAAGAUUUCUAGUCAUAUCUUAGAAGCACCCAAUGGAGAAAUAAUCAUGGAACAUGCUACUAAUGAAUUGAUUGAAAAUCUCCACAUAUUACAGACAAAGAUCAAGAAGGAAGUGUUUGAUAAAAUGUUACUAAAACCUUUAUUUGAAUAUGUUUGUGAGAAGCAGGAGAAUACUGCUGUCCAGGAAAAUUUGUUGAAGCAGUUACAAAUUGCACUUGAUACAUUUGACUUUGCUACAGCAAAGAACUUUUUGUCUCCUCUAAUACAAAAAUUAUUUACCAAAACUACCAGUGUCACUGUAAAAAAUGCUUGUAUUAAUUGUUUCCAAUUAAUGACUAUGUCUAACUUUAUGGAUGCUUACAUGAUUCAGGAAACUCUUUUGCCAUUGAUAGUUUCAAUGAAAACCAGAGAUGCAAGAAUUCUAAUGAAAUUUUUGGAGUUUUUCCCUCACUUGUACACAGCAAUCGAAGAUAAAGAGGAACUUGUAACGAAUUCGUUAAUUCCAGUCAUUUUUUCGUUCUCCAUGGCAACUACCUUAAACGCCACUCAAUUCAGAAAUUACUGCGAAUGCUUUAACAAUAUCGUAGGGAAAGUACAGAAACGACACAUUCAACAAUUACAACGGGAACAUUCAAAAACUCAAGAAAUGGAGUCUAAAGAUUUCACCAAAAUAAUAGAUACUCCAAUAGUCCCCUCUAGAAAGGAUACAGACAAUGAAAUAUCAAAAAGCAUUAACAUCCCUGUAAUGCAACCUAAACAGACAAAACCAUCAAUUGCGAAUACUCAAACGAAAUCUAUACUUCAACCUAGAGGUGCCCCAAGACCAAACACCCAAAAGAGCCCUAUCUCCACACCAACAAUGAAACCAACUUCUUCCCUGACCGAAAAUACAAGUGGAAAUAUAGCUUCAAGUUUCAAUAUGGCGAAGAAUAUGCCUACCAGCAAUAAUAGGACCGCUAAUAUGAAUAUGAAUAUGAAUAAUACCAGACCUUUAGAUACUCAUACUAACAGCGGUAUGAGAACAAAGUUAACUUCCCCGCCUACCCCACCAAAUGCUCAAAACUCAUCACAAUCCAUAAAAUUACCCCCAGGUUUUGGUAUAGCCCUUCAACCAAGCAAGAAAGCAUAA